GCAGCUUUAACUCCAGACUUGUGGUGGGCUCUGUGCAAGUGAUUUGCUCCUCUCUCCCAGUCUUUCUGAGUGCUAGCGGAGUGUGCGGACCCACAUACUAUUACUACUUUUACAGAAAAAAAACAUUACUAUCAUCUACUAGCUGGUGCUUUCUGUUUUGUGCUUUUGGAGUUGAAGACUUGAGGGCUAUUUAUUACAGCUGAUACCCAUUUAUUGGAAUUAUUCAUGUGGCUGUCAUAAACAGGAUUUUAAUUUAUUUGUCUUGAUUCAUCAGAGAUCAGCGAAGGCUGAAACGCGAGAGAAGUUGAUUUUCUUCACUAUGACAAGGAGGAUCACAACGCGGUCAGAGACUUCAGGAUUUUUCGUUUGAGGAGACAAAAGCAGUUGCAGAACCAAAAUCUGCCUCAUGACCAAGGAGUUUGAGCAAGUGGAGAUGUGCAGUAUAAAUGUUUGCCACAAAACACACCCUGGAAAUUGCGACUUGGAGUGAAGAAAGAGACGGGGACAUUUGGCAAUCACCAACAGAGGGGAUUCAGUAAUUGAGGGCUAGAUUCAUCUGCCCACCCUGCUAGGUUUACAGUUGGAUAAAACCAAACCAAAAACUGGCUGCUCCUCUGGAGAAGACACCAGCGGUCAGGCCUCAGCAACAUGAAUGGCUUCCCUGAGGUGAAGAAGGAGUUGCUAUUCUCUCGCACAUUGCAGAAAGGAGCUUUUAAAAGAUACAAAGGGUCUAAUUUGGGUUACGGCUGUUAGCUGCAACAAAAAAGGAGCCUACAUGCACAGGGUUUUUAAUAUUAACUGAAUCGCAUUUUUGCACAAGAGCAGGAAGCUUAAGGUUUGUCUUCAAGCAGUGGUGCUCUUUAUAUGCUUAUCUGCCAUGGCAAAACCUUUGUAGGAAUGAUCACUGAAAACUGUGCCACAAGCCAGGAGGUCGGCAAUAUAAACAAGGAUCAGUUGAGCAAACACAGCGAGGACAGGAAAUAACCAAAGACACCAGACCAUAUUGACAAAGUCUCUUCCCAGAACCUCCACCUACCCACCCAUCUUAAAAGCUUAAAUUUAUCUUCAUUGGAUUUCAGCAAGUACAGGAUUUACCGGUUCUCUUAAAUCAGGUAUUCAGAAAGAAACUGCUGCCCCACAUUUAAAAUGUCACCAUUAAGAAUGAUCUGCAAGUACAAGAGCUUCCUUCUGUUCCUAACAAGAAUAGGGCUAUUUCUCGGCUUGACAAGUCCAUCUGUCAGCUCUGCUUCCUGCCCCAAAUUGUGCCGCUGUGAUGGAACUUUCAUUUACUGCAAUGACCGAGGACUGACAUCCAUUCCCGCUGGGAUUCCAGAGGACGCCACAGUCCUCUACCUGCAGAAUAACCGAAUAAACAAUGCAGGCAUACCAAAAGAACUGCGCAAAUUGAACAAAGUGGAAAAGAUCUAUCUGUAUUGCAACAACUUGGAUGAGUUUCCUAUCAACUUGCCAAAAUACGUGAAAGAGCUCCAUUUGCAGGAGAACAACAUCAGGACUAUCGCACACGAUACACUGGCUCUGAUUCCUUACAUAGAGGAGCUUCAUUUGGAUGAUAACUCCGUUUCUGCUGUCAGUAUAGAGGAAGGAGCAUUUCGAGACAGCAACCACCUACGACUACUAUUCCUGUCACGGAAUCACCUUAGCACUAUUCCUACAGGCCUGCCAAUGACUAUUGAAGAGCUCAGAUUUGAUGAUAACCGCAUUUCCACUAUAUCCGAGCUGUCCUUGCGGGAUCUUACAAAUUUGAAACGCCUGGUUUUAGAUGGCAACCUUUUAAACAACUAUGGAAUAGGAGACAUGGCAUUUGUGAACCUUGUUAAUCUCACAGAGCUUUCCCUGGUUCGCAACUCUCUCACCGCUCCGCCCACCAACCUUCCGGGCACGAAUCUAGAAAAGCUGCAGCUCCAGGAAAACCACAUCAAUCGGGUGCCAGCUGGUGCGUUUUCUUACCUUCGACAGCUUUAUCGUCUUGAUUUAUCCAGCAACAACUUGAGUAGCUUACCAAUGGGAGUCUUUGAUGAUCUGGACAACCUAACGCACCUGUUACUUCGUAACAACCCUUGGUACUGUGGUUGCAGGAUGAAAUGGGUGCGGGACUGGCUUCGGAGCUUGCCAGCUCGAGUCAACGUGCGAGGACUGAUGUGCCAAGGGCCAGACAAGGUCAAAGGGAUGGCUAUAAAGGACAUGGCCCCAGAUCUGUUUGACUGUACAGAGGCCGACAUCUCAUCUACCCUUGAGACCACCACUUCUGUUUCAAACACCUUACCCCCUUCCAGAGGCCAGUGGCCUUCUUCUGUUACCAAAAGGCCAGCAGUGAAAGGACCAGACCUGAGCAAAAACUACAGGAGUACGACCCCUUCUACACGGAAAAUCAUCACUAUAAGUGUGAAAUCCAUCAGCGCAGAGACCAUACACAUCUCUUGGAAAGUUGCACAGCCAAUGACUGCCUUACGACUAAGUUGGCUGAAAAUGGGACACAGCCCUGCAUUUGGGUCAAUAACCGAGACAAUCGUUCAAGGCGAGAAGACUGAAUAUUUGGUCACCUCGCUUGACCCAGAGUCUUCUUACCGGAUAUGCUUGGUUCCCAUGGAAACCAGUAACAUUUAUUUGUCAGAUGAAACUCCUGUCUGCAUAGAAACUGAAACAGGAUCUCUUAAAACCUACAACCCUACAACAACCCUGAACAGGGAGCAAGAGAAGGAACCUUACAAAAAUUCAAGUUUGCCACUGGCAGCCAUUAUUGGGGGAGCUGUGGCGCUUUUGGCAAUCAUAAUGCUAGCUCUCGUUUGCUGGUAUGUCCACAGGAAUGGGUCUCUCUUUUCAAGGAACUGUGCCUAUAAUAAGGGUCGCAGAAGAAAGGAUGAUUAUGCAGAGGCAGGAACCAAGAAGGAUAACUCUAUCUUGGAGAUUAGAGAGACCUCUUUUCAAAUGAUACCUAUAAACCAUGGCCCUGUGUCCAAGGAGGAGUUUGUAAUACACACCAUAUUCCCACCUAAUGGUUUAAGCCUAUAUAAGAACAAUCACAGUGAAAACAGCAGCAGCAACAGAAGCUACAGAGACAGUGGGAUACCAGAUUCAGACCAUUCUCACUCAUGAUAAUGAAUAUAUAUUUAAGACUAUUACAGACAUGUGACUUGAAAACUGGUUGGUCUUCAUUUGCAAAACACUGGAUUUAAAAGACUGAUGAAGCAAUGUUCUGUACAUUUGCCAUAUAAUUUAUAUUUAAGAACUUUUUAUUAAAAGUUUUAAAUUGCAGGUCAUCACUGAACAGUCAGUGUAUGUCUUAUCACUAAUUGGAAUUCUAUAUUUUAGAAAUUUGUAGUAAUUUGUACUGUAUUUUCUUUGCUUAAGGUUUCAGACCAAUUAAACUUUUGUGUUCUACUGAAAUAUGAUGACUUGUCAACUGUGAAAGUGGGUUUUUAUUACUGUGUUGAACAAUCAAGACUUUUUAAAGAGAUAUUCAAAAACCUUGUAGUAGUAUAAGCACAGGUCAUUUUUCACUUUGUUGGUAUUGAAGUUAUUAAAAAAAAGAUUCAAUGACAAGCUGUAGGUUAAAAGGUUUCUAAUGGCCACAGAAAAAAAUUGUGUUGUGAGCCAAUGUCAUGGUAAUUUCUUCUUAAUAUGAGCAGACAACAGACCCAGUCUUCUCUGAAGAAAAACUUUUUUAUAGGAAUUUGAAUUACGUUUAAGGAAAUGUCAGGCAUUUCUGCUUAAUUUCAUGAGAGAGAAGAGGAAUUGUGAAUUUAAAUGACUAUUGCUUUUGAAAAGCAAAAGUGUCACACCACUAUAGAAUCUGAAGACAGACCAUGUUCUCGUACUGUCAUACCACCAGAAGGUUUCGGUACAGAGCAAAUUAAGCACAGACGAUCAUGAGGAAAAUAUACUGCAAUUGUAGAAACAACAGUCUGACACCCUCGUGUAAGAAAGAAACAUCAACAAGGUGAAACUUCAAAGCAACGUUCUUCAGUGCAUUGUAAAAUAUGUCAUUGUUAAACGUUGCCCUUACUUUUUACAGUACUAUAUCUGGGCAAAAAAGGUAAAAGUAAAAAAAAUGCAUUCUGGCUUUUUUGAAUAAAAAGUGUCAGCUGUUACAUUAUUUUAUUUUUAUUAUUUUAUUUUUUAAAUCAAGCCACUUUUUUGUUGCCACAAUUUAAAGGUAAUUGUUCUUUACAACUGAAAACCAAAGUGCAUUGUACGCCCUUUGGCCAGUCUUGUAUGUGCCUUGAUCCAAUGCUUAUUGUAUUUAGCUUUUUAAAAAUCAGUGACUUAACUUCUUUUCAUACACACUUGAAUAUGAGAAAAAAAUAUUGGUCAUAUUGCAGAAUAAAAGUGGACAAAAAAA